GGCAAAACAUGUUGCCUUCAGGACUUCCAUGAAGCCUUCGUCACGGCUUAUCUUUGUCCGCCGGCUGAUGACCCCUCAUGUCUGUAUCUAUCUACGAGGACAGCGCGACGCUUCUUCGAGUUGCAAAGGCUUCCACAUCGCCACAGGAUUUCUUCAUGUGAUCAACAAGAAGGAGCGCUUUUUUCAAGAGUGCAGGGAUGUUACAAGCGUUCCCUUUAAAUGGGCCCGUUCCAAGUGGCCGGAGAGGGGUGCUUGACAAUAAAUAAUUCCACAUAAUAAGAAUAUAUAAACAAAAAGAAGGGACAUAUCAAGUAUCUUCAUUUUUUAUUAUAAAUAAAACUGAAGUCUAGUAUUGAAAUAUUAGUGAUAUAUGAAUUAAAGUUAGGAUGAGCAGAAGGAGUAGUGUGUAGAUUUUAGGCAGGUUCCACCAUUUUUGAUGAGAUGGUAGGCCCCCCAUCUGUUCCUUACUUGUGAAAUUUGGAUUGGAGUAGAUUGUGCUCUUUGGGUAGCAAUGGCAACAUACUUGAUGCAACUUUAUUUCAUCUAGAUCAAUCAAAGAAAGCAAAGUACAAGUCCGUUUUCUAAUGUAAGGGAUAACUGUAUACAUUGCAACUUUCUUUGGAAAAUGUCCCAGGAAUGUUUAGUUUCUGUAGAAGAAAUCCGUUCUUGGUGGGAAGUACCCGCCAUAGCGCACUUCUGCUCUCUCUUCAGGACUGCUUUCAAUUUACCAGACUUUGAAAUUGAGGAACUUGAAGAUGCUCUUCACAACCAGGACAUUGACUUUCUGUUUGAUCUCAUCUCUUGUCUUCUUCAGGGCUGCUAUCAGCGCACAGAUAUCACGUACGCGACGUUUCAGCGGUACUUGGAAGACAUCAUCAGUUACCGAUGGGAGCUGGAGGAAGGGAAGCCCAACCCACUGAAGCAGGCUGUGUUCCAGGAGCUGCCCCUCCGCACGCAGGUGGAGCUCCUUCACCGGCUCUGCGACUACAGACUGGACGCUGCCGACGUCUUUGAUCUGUUAAAGGGCCUGGAUGCCGACAGCUUGCGGGUGGAGCCUUUGGGAGAAGAUGGCGAUGGCGCCCUCUACUGGUAUUUCUACGGAACACGCAUGUACAAGGAACAGCCGCCGAAAGGGAAGGGAAGGACAGCACAGAGUGACGACGCUGAACUCAAAGUUGAAGAAAAGCCAGUGAAACGACGGGGAAGACCACCAAAAAAACAAAAAUUAGAAGCUAAAAGACUGACCGAAUUGGUGAAUGAACACAAAGAGAAUGGCACUGGAGGCUUGCAGACAGGCGCUGCAGAGUGCGAGCGAGGGGCCUGGUCACUGGCCUGUGCCACGGAGGAGGAGUGGCACAGCCUGGCGGAGAGCAUAAAAGAGAAACCUUCUUCUAAAGACAGGCAGCUCUACAAACUGAUCAGUGAAAACUUCCUCCCGGAAAUCAGCAGCAUGAUUGCCUACAAGGAGAAGCAGCGCCAGGAGAGGCUGUCUCAGACGACCCCCAUAAGGAGUUCAGAGCGGCUGGUUGUCAAGCGCAUCUUGCUGGAGGAGGAGGAGACCAUGGUGGCCAUCGCGGAGGUGGAGGAGCAGAAGCGCAGGGACGAGGAGAUGGAUCGGCAGCUGGUGCUGGCGGUCCAGAGGAGAGAGCAGGAGAAGCUGCAGGAGGAGGAGAGGAGGCAGGAGAUGGAGGAGAAAGUCAAGGCUGUUGAAGAGCGUGCGAGGAGAAGGAAGAUGAGAGAGGAGAAGGCCUGGUUACUGUCCCAGGGGAAGGAGCUGCCCCCAGAGCUACUCAGUCUGGAUCCCCACUCGCCUGUCAGGAGAGCAAGGAGAACCCGACACAUAUUGGAGCUGGAUGAGGAUUACACUGCUCUGUACAAAGUUUUAGAUGCUCUGAAGGCGCACAGAGACUCCUGGCCCUUUAUGGAACCUGUGGACGAAUCCUACGCCCCGAAUUACAAUGAGAUCAUUGAGACGCCUAUGGACCUGUCCACCAUUGAAAAGAAGCUCAACGAAGGCCUGUAUAUCUCUAAGGAGGCGUUUGUGACGGAUGUGAAGAUCAUGUUUGAAAACUGCCAGGAAUACAAUGGAGAAGACAGUGAGUACACGAAGAUGGCGGAGGCCCUGGAGGGCUGCUUCAACAAGGCCCUGCUGAAGCACUUCCCUUCGGAGGAGGUGGACACAGAUGAGGAGUUCAGGGUGCACUCGGAGGAGCGGGACAGGAAGGAGCGCCGGAGGAGCCGUCUGCAGCGCCAGGGGGGCCUGGAGACCCUCCCCAAGGUGAUCGACCAGGCCCUCCGCAGCAAGAAGCCCCCCGGCAAACCCCAGGACCACUGCCUCACCCCUCCCCCUCCGCUCGCUCCUGCUUGGAUGAAUGGGCCGCCAAACAACCAGGGCUUCCCCCACACCCCGCCCUACCCCGGGGGCCCGUCCACAGUGCAGGCAGCCUCGCCCAUGUACCGGCCGCCACACACAAUGCAGAGACCCCCGGCCCCAGGAAUGUUCGGGCCUCGCCUCGGUUUGGAUCAGCGCUUCCCAUUCCACCCUCAGAGGCUGCCGGAGCCCGGGCACCAGCGACUACCUCAGCACUUUGCCGUACAGCCCUCUCCAGGAAUGAACGAGCCCUGUGGACCCAGGUUAAUGGGACCCGAAUUCAAGCAGCAGCAGUCUCCUUACAUUGGCCCAACCCACGGCCCCUCGCUGGGCCCCCGUCCUACCGCACUGCAGUCAGGGGGCUUGUGCACCCCUCCUCCUGAGGCCAGCAUGUACCCCUCCCAGCAGUACCAGCCUGGCUACAUCCCGCUCCGGCCUGAAGGGGUGCUCAGACACCCUGGGGGAGUUGCUCCUUCCAAUGCUGUCCCGCCCGGCCCCGUGUAUGCCCGUUUCCAACACCCGAAUGGCGCACAGCCGCCCAUGUGGUCAGGAAUGAAUGGCGUGCCCCAAGAGAGACUGGCAGCCCCUGCGGGAGGAGGGGAGCCCAAUCCCAGUGGUGUACCCCAAAUCCAAAUCCCGCCUCAACAACACUCCUUCAACCCCAUGAUGGACCCCAGCGUGAUCCGGCCGCCAAAGCCGUGGCCAGACCAGCAGCCCGGCUACCUACCUCACAGCAGCCAGCCUGGGAGUUACUACAGACUCCCGGCUGGGGUCAGCCCUCAGGGUCCCAACCCUCCGAGGAUGCUGCCUCAGCCAGCUUCCUACCUGAGACCCCCUGCUCCGCCUCUUCCUCCUGCUCCUCAGGAGCACAGGGUGCACUUGGGCUCCAUGCUGGACAGCCCCGAAAUGAUUGCCCUGCAGCAGCUGUCUGCUUCCUCCCGGCCCCUAGGGGGCCCCCCUCUACUACCGAUCCCACAGCACCCAGGGACCUUCCAACAGCCGCAUCGGGGUCACCCAGCCCAGCCGCAGGAUCCCCCGCCCGAAAUACAGCAGCUGAAACCAGCUAGAGAGAGCCUGGUUGAGGCACCUGUCUCCGAAGAUGCGUUCAUGAAAGGAAUGCCACCAAGUGAGCCUGAAUUGUCUGACCCCGUCCAGAACCCCAGAGCUGGUCCCGUUCCUAUGGAAACAGACAGGAAGGCUCCCAUGUGUCCUGAAGAACCCUCCCAAAGGCUGAACCCCCCUGCUUCUGAGGGGGGCACUGAACCCCAGAACAGCCUUAGAGAGCCAGUACAGAACCAAGCAGGGCAGCGGGAUGGCAUCGCCCAGGAGGGAAGAGAGAUUGAAAAGAGAAAGAGCGAGGGGGCAGCAAACCAGCCAAACAUGAACAAGAACAAAGCAGAUCACACCAGAGACUCCACUGCUAAAACAGAGAAAUUGGAACCUGCCUCUGAAAGCCAGAAGCAUGCGGUGCCCAACUGUGUCCCUAAACGUCCUGGAAAUGCAGGGAUCAUGUAUCCUAAUGGAGAUGUCAAAGAUCAAGGCUUGAAUGUUCCAGCAGAGAGUCAAGUCAUGGGCAACAGAGGACCAAGGCCUCAGAACUCUGCAGCUUUGCCCUACGGACAUACCCAGGAGAAUGUGUCCCAAGGCCAGUAUAACCUCAGCAGUCCCAGGCAUGGCAUGUAUGGCCUACCAGUGGGUCAGCCACUGCAGGUUCCCAAUCGACAGCCAUUGCCUGGUCAGAGUGUCCCUCAGAAUCUACCUCCUCCGCGUGGUCCGGUGGCCUAUCCCCAGUUCCACCACCAGGGGGCUGCCUAUCCUUACCACAUGGCUUCUCAGAACCAAGGCUCCCCCAACAUGUUCCACCAGUACCGCCAGCCCCAUUACUAUCCACACCCCCAGGGCAGCAGCGGUGGCGGCUUCCCAGCAGAAGACUGGCAGAGGCCUCCCUACCACCCUCGCCACCUCAUGCCCCAAACCGCUUACAUGCCUGCCCCCAACACAAACGGAAACGGGAGACUACGAGAGAGCAGCAUCUCUCCGCAUGGCUCGGAGAGUUCAACUGGCAGCCUCGUCUCCCCGAACCCGAUACCAGAAGGAACAAGGAGCAGCUCUGUGGAGAACAGGGAUCUACCAAGCCCCAUGAAACCAAGCGGUUUAGGAGAGCAGCAAGACAGGCCAGAGAGCCCCAAAGAGAUUCUGGACCUGGACAGCCAUAAUGCAGCCACCAGGAGACGUAGCGCCCAACCCCCUGCCCCCGGGUUCAUGUAUGACCCUCGUGCAAUGCAUCCAGGGAUGGUUGGCAGUGGUGGUGGUCCUCCACGCAUGAUGGCACAUCCGUCGUCUUCUUAUGCCCCCCGCCCAUUUACCCACAGUCCGUACCCGGCACAGAGGCCACACCCUAUGAUGCAGGCCAUGCAGCACCCUGGCCAUGUGGCCUUUCCCCAGGGGCAGCCCAGAAUGCCUAUGUAUGGGCACCCGGAUGAAAGAAUGGGCCACUACCAAGGCAUGAUGAUUCAGCAAAGAGCAAUGGGGCCAAUGCAAGAGCAAUACCUACACCCUGGCAGACAAUCGACUACAAGUUCAUCAGUCAUCCUCUCUGAAAACAGGACCUCUGACAGCAAGCAAGGGGUCUGAGCAGAACAGACUGUCGACUUGUUCCGAGAGACAAGGUGAUGAAGAGGAUAUGGGGUUGAGUGCCUCGCUCUCCUACCGUCCAGCCUUGGCAGCUAAGCGUGGUCGGGUUUAAGCUUUGUGUGUCUCUUGUUCCAGUGUCUCUUCAUAUACAAGAAGCUGUUUUUAUUGUCAAGCAUUAGUGUUCGGCUUUUUGAAACGGGGUGUACUAUUGGGAGGAGAAAAAAAACUAAAGAUUUGAAGUGGCUAAAAUGGCAAAUCUGAUGAUGUAGUUCAUUGUGCCAACUUGCCGGUUGCAUUUCAAGAAUCAUCUUUUAAUGUGUCUAGUUCAGUGACAGACGUUUUUAAGUCGUGAGGAAUACAUUUAAUUAAGAAACCCAGUAUGUCAUACCUGUACCAAGUUGGUUGGUUGGGUUAGCAAGUCGUCUGUUUUUUAGCAUUACGUUAUGCAAGUGUCUACCUGCAAUUCUUACUGAUUUUUAAUAUCUUUCUAUGGCCCUAAAUUAACAUUGAGAAAUUAAAUAAAGCAAUGUAUUAAAACAAGCUGCAGAAAUAAGAAGCAAGUACAGCUAGCCCAUCCAAGCCAAACCAGAUCUCAAGUUUAAUCUCCCUCCCUCUGUUCACAAAGCCGCUGUCUGAUCUGGUUCUGUUUUAGGUGUAAUUUUUUUUUUUUCCUGGCCGGGUAAAAGAAGCAGAUUGUUACUACAACACUUUUGCAAACUUUAAAAUCUCAGGUGUAUUAAACAAAAGAACAAAAAAGGUACUUUUUAAACUGUAGAAUUGUUCAAGUGGUUUAGAAACCAGUUUACUGAAAAAUACAGUUGCCUUUUUUUUUUCUUUUGAACGUACUUUGUAUAUAUAGCUAGAUGUUGUGGCAAUACUUCAUGAAAUAAGCACUGUAAUAAAAUGUAAAAAUGCAUUUCAGUUCAUUUUUGUUUGGAUCAUCCUGUAUACCUGUCAGUGAAGAAUUCUGAACGCAGUUUAAAACUAUGGAUUCAUGGAAGGCAUGGUCGUGAAUGAAAAUGCCAUCUUGAGCUCUCAGAUCUUUUGACAAACCUGUGUCUUUCUUCUGGCAGGUGAAACACUGCAUCCCGCUUUUCAUCCCAUAAGGAGCUAGUGUCUUAAUGUCAUUCUUUUCUGUUUUCUACUGUUCCCUUAUCUAAUCGUUCUGAGGGAUUCUUAACUGCAAUUACUCGCAUGAUUUUCAAUAGCUCUGUGUUAGUUCUUUGGCUAUGAGUUCUGGAGCUGAUCUGGAGUUCCAGUUGCCUGCCAUAGACAUACGGAAUAUAGACCAGAUCAGCCAGGUGCAUUGCCAGAAAUAACUAAACGAAUUGCUCUGGCUCUUCUUUGUGAUCUAGCGUAUGUUACAUAUAUCUGUGGAAGGCAGCUAGGAAGUGACAAGCAGCUCCACAACCUAGGUGAACCUGACAUAGUGUUGGCACGACCGCUCAAAGUGAUUGCACAUGUCAAAGAGAUGGUAUAACAAAACAAAAAAGGAAAUUUGAAGCUACUUGCCUAUUUAAUUUCCCUGUUGGUUUAGUGUAUGACAUGCUCAAAUGAAUGUAAACAUAGCUGCCUCUGUGUCCUCUCUCUCUCUCUCUCUCUCUCUCUCUCUCUCUCUCUCUCUCUCUCUCUCUCUCUCUCUCUCUCUCUCAGUGCUUGUUAGUGGAUUUUUCCAGCAGAAAGGUUCAUGUCACAUUUAUAUAAAGAAUAAUGAACUCCUAACUGUACACAAUAGUGCUGUAAUUCCUACAGCUAAGGCGAAGUCCAUGGAGACAUUAGUGUUUAUUAACUGAAGGUGCCACACAUAGCCGUAUUGUCUUUUUGUCUUUGAGGCAUGACAGCUGUGAAUUAUAAGGCUAUAAACUGGUAAUUUUUCUACAGAUGUAAAGGUUUUACUUAUUUAUAAAUGUAAUGUGCUCAAUGCAGGCGAAGGGGAUAGUUUGUUCUUUCUUCACUGGAUAGACAAGUAGACAGGAUUUUAAUAUUCAAGCUUUAAAAUAAGUGGGAUAGCCUUGGAACUAGAAGUAUAAGUAAAGCAUUGUUUUAAUAGUGGAGUCUAUUGAGACGUUGGCCUUCAUUUCAGCAACGUGUUGUGUGUUUAAUGCUAGCAGCUGCCUCUCUAAUAGCAAGGGUGCUCCUUUCAUCUCUUUAGCAGCAGCAUAUGGAGGUCUGUGUUCAAAGGAGGCUGCCUGUACAGUUCAGUCAAUUGCAGAUGGGCAGCAGCACCAAGUUUGGGAAGUUUAAAACAAUAAAUAUACAUGGCUUUUAAAAGUAGUGAUUUAAUCAUCCCUAAGUGUGUUGGUGUCAUUAAUACUAGAUGAUUUCAGGAGUUUGCAGAAUUUGCUCAGGAUGUAAAGCACAGUUUUUAUACGGGUAUUUUAUUUAUUUUGUUUUUUUGUUUUUUACAAUAAUUAUUUGAAGCACAGAAUUGCUUAAACAAUGUUUACAAGAAACGCGUCUUCCUUUUGAUGGUGAACAUUUUAACCCCCCCCCCCCCAAUCCUGCACCUUUUUUUUAAAACAAAACAAAUAUUGUACAGUGCUUCUUCAUUAUUUCACAGUUUGAUCAUCUAUGAAUGCAAUUAAUUCACUGAUCGCGAAUUGGCCAGUAGUAUAUUUUACUGCAUAAGAGCCCUUCACUCAUUCACUGUUUUCAGUGUUUUUUCUUAUUGUGAAAUGGAUAGCAGAUUGAAGGGGGAGCACUGUGUACUGGUAAAAAACAUGUUGUAAAUGUUACCUUUUUAAUAGGAUUCACCCUUUUAGUCCAGCAGCUCCCUCUACAGUUAAAGUAGUGUAACUGCAGCCUAACAUCCAGACUUCUGGGCUGCUUGCAGCUUCUGUGGACUUUCUUGUUCUCACUGAAAACCUGGAUGAUCUCAUUGGAGUUUGAUGCUUUUGUUUUGUAUGUGUUAAAAUGCUUAGGAUACUACGAUCUGGUGCAGCAACGCUCAUUUUGCGUUGCUUCUGUUGUGUUAUUUAAAUAGGAGGUUCUGUUUUUUAUUUUUAUGAUGGUAUUUUUGUUGUAUCGUGUAAACUACUGUACUAAUAUUUGCAGUCUUUCCAGUUUUUUUUUAUAUAUACAGUAUCAAGUAUGUGUAAGAAUAUAAACUUUUAGACAUGAAUGGUUUGCUGUUGUACUGUAGACCUACAAGGCUACUAUGUCAUUGUUCAGCAGUUUUUAGUAUCUAUGGGUUGUACAGUUUUUGUUUUGGCUGCUAAGUGAUAGCUGUUACCACACACAUUAUUAUUUUUUUGGUGUUUGUGUUUUGACUAGGAGUUAUUUAUUCCUAUGCAGUUGCCUGCCAGACAUCUUGUCUAGGUUACAGAAGUGCAAGUGUCUUUUUGAUAGUAAGCCCUAGCCCUCACCUUGUGCUUGAUCCAACGUGGACGGUCACUAGAUGGCGCUGGCUCUUACUUCUAUAAAGACACUUUGGCUGCUCUAGCCUAUGUUGCGUAUCUCUAUGGCAGGCAACUAGAAAGGAAGCUCGCAGCUCCUGAACCCUAGUGAAAGCUAAAGGACAAAAUAAGAACCACUCGGAAUAACUGCAAACAUCAGAAGUAUUGGGAUAGUAAAAAAAAAUAAAAAAAACACUAAGAGAAUGAAUUGAAACGACUUGCUCAUUGUGUCCAGUUUCGAUUUGUUCAUUUUCAAAUCUGUUUUGUAAAGUCAUGUACCUAUUGAUGGCAGCAGUUAAACUCUACCUCAGAAUUAUGAAUAGCAAUAAUUCAAAAAUAUAAAAAUGUAAGUCUGUGACUUGGCUGAACAGUAUAUUACACAAAAGUUGUACACAAAAGCCUUGCCUUACUGUUUGUCCAUUUUGUGACAAAGGGAUGAAGAGAAAGGGGGGGGCACAAUAUGGCAAAAAUCAAGUAGUGAGAGAGAUAGCAGACCUAUGAUAACCUUGGAGACUUUUCAGAACAAUUUUUUACACACCACUCUUGGCACGCUCUCCCAGGUAAAUCAACUCUCUUUACAAGCAGCAUGUGCUGUCGUUAAGCAGUGGGAAGUAAACUGCUGUUCCACUUAAUGAACCAUAAUGAACUGACAAAGCAAUCUGCAUUUUGCCAACCCAAUCACUGGAAGCCAAAACCUGUAAAAUGAAUGCUUUCUUUAUCCGUGAUACAGAAGAUGUCGUCCACACAUCAGACUUUCAUCGCCUUGCUGCUUCCAUGUGGAGAUUAUUGUACUGUUUUAUGGUUGUAAUAGGCCAAGGUCCCCUGAAUGAGUGAGGUUUGUGCCCUAUUUAAAUGUAAUGACUGGUAAAAUUGAGCAAGUCUCACUCCCAAAACAGUAGGUCCAAUAAAUAUUAAGAGUGAAAACACAGAGCAGAAUUGUUAAUCACGUUUUAAAUUUGUAGCAAAAAAUAGCAGCUCCCUCCGUAUAACAGGUCUUGCUGAGACGUAAUUAAGACUUUUUUUUUUAAUUCUUUUUAUUCUCUCACUGCUGUGAAGUGUAAUUGAAUGAUCUUUAGUGAAUCUUGGUGGUUUUAAGGUUUGAGUCCUCUAAUCUCAACCAAAUGUAAGAUUUGACAGUAAGUUUCCACUUUGUCAGCACCAGCAAGGGGAAUUUAUCAAACUUGACAGAAAUGUUGGAAAUUAAAUAGCCAUCCAUUACUGUAGGUUACCGUUAUAGGUAAUGUAUGACAUGACGUCUUCCUUCUAAAUUGAACAGCCCUUGGUAUUUGUUUAGGAUGCCAGGCAGAACUGCCACUGUUUGAGAGAUUAUGCCCCCUGGUGUUGCCUGUUUGUCACUACACUUUUUUUUUUUCAUCUGCUGCCGUUGUUUGUCUGCACUAGUGAAUACAAGUAUUACACUCUGGUAAAUAGACUGGAAUAAAUGGGAAACCUAUUUAUUGGUGUGUUUUAUAUUGUGUGUGUUUUUUUUUUUUUGUUUUUUUUUGUUAAUAUAUGUAAUAAAUGUGACAUCUGAUUAUUGGAAUUACAGCUGACACCUCAGUAGUAUGGUACAAGAAUUAUUAUUUUUUUGUUCAUGUGAAGUUUACAUAAGUUGAUACCUGACUGACAUAGAUUAUUUUCAAAAUGAACUGAACUAUUUUCAAUACUGUACAUUCUUAGAAUAAAUAACUGUUUUUUUGAAAAUGUU